AUGUCGGCUGCUUCAUCUGCCAAUGGCAAUGGACAUUGUCGUGCAUGUAUGAGCGUUGAAGAGUUGAUGGAACGUGCUCGAAAACUAGCCGGGAAAGUGUCCGUAAAGAAUGAUACAGGGCAAUCAUCAACUGCUCAAACUUCCUCAGGUUCAUUUAAAAAGAAACCAAUGAGGACUGAUUGUCCUGUCACUAUUGAAAAACUAGGAAAUUCAACUUGGAAUUUGCUUCAUUCAAUAGCAGCAUAUUAUCCUCUUAAACCAUCACUUGAACAAAAAAAAAAUGCAAGUACCUUAAUGGAUCUGCUAGGAAAGAUUUAUCCAUGCUCGCAUUGUGCAGAAGACCUACGACAGGAUUUGAUAAAACAUCCUCCGGAUGUUGAAGAUCGUGAAAGAUUUUCAUUAUGGAUGUGUGGAUUGCAUAAUCGAGUGAAUAAGAAACUUGAUAAACCCGAAUAUGAUUGUGCACAGUGGAAGGAACGAUGGCUAAAUGGUUGGAAGGAUGGCUCUUGUGAAUAUUAG